ACCCACGCCACAAUAAACAAAUUUCCUUUCACCCCCUCUCUCUCUCUCUCCCUCUAAACAAUUCGUUUCCGGUUUCUCUCUCUACCACCGAAAUCGAAAUCGAAUUUGGAAUCUGUUUCUCUCUCCUUAAUCAUCGCCUCGAUCUUCUCUCUCUUCCCCUUUUGGUUCAGCCCUAGCUUAGCUGACCCUCAAUCAUCCCGUCGCAGCGGCCAGCGGGUGUUUUUACGAAUCCUCGUACCCAAACACUCGGCCUCGGCUUUCGUGGAAUUUUCUCGGAAUCCUCGAACUCGAAUUUUCUAAGGAAAAAUUUUCGUCGGAGCCGAGACGAGAUGAGCUUUCGGGAUCUGGAAGCUGGGCGGGGUUUGGGCGGCUCCUCGAGGCGAGAGCUCUCCAAUGGCAGCAGACAGGACCCAACCCAGGCCGUGGCUUCUGGAAUAUUCCAGAUCAACACCGCGGUUUCUACCUUCCAAAGGCUCGUCAACACCCUCGGUACCCCCAAAGACACCCCCGAGCUCCGCGAGAAGCUGCACAAGACAAGGCUACAUAUUGGGCAGUUGGUGAAGGAUACUUCAGAGAAACUUAAACAAGCUAGUGAUAGAGAUCAUCAUGGUGAAGUUAAUGCUAGCAAGAAGAUUGCAGAUGCUAAACUUGCAAAAGAUUUUCAAGCUGUCUUAAGAGAAUUUCAGAAGGCCCAACGACUUGCAGCUGAAAGGGAAACAGCAUAUACUCCUUUUGUUCCCCAAGCAGUUCUUCCUUCCAGCUAUACCGCCAGCGAGCUUGAUUUGAAUUCAGAUAAAUCUUCAGAACAGCGUGCUGCUCUUGUGGAAUCUAGGAGACAGGAGGUUUUGCUGUUGGACAAUGAAAUUGUCUUCAACGAGGCUAUAAUUGAGGAACGAGAACAGGGAAUACAAGAAAUCCAGCAGCAAAUUGGCGAAGUGAAUGAAAUUUUUAAAGAUCUUGCUGUGCUAGUUCAUGAGCAGGGUGCGAUGAUUGAUGAUAUUGGAUCCAAUAUUGAGGGUGCUCAGGCUGCCACUGCACAGGGGAAAUCUCAACUUGUAAAGGCUGCGAAGACCCAAAGAUCGAAUUCAUCUCUGACCUGCUUGCUCUUGGUGAUAUUCGGAAUCGUGCUACUGAUAGUUAUUAUAGUACUUGCAGCGUAAGAUUGAUUGGGAUUCAAUCGAAUGAAAAUCCAAAAUCUUCUGAACCACAGAAGGAGUCUUUGCUAAUCUGUCUGACGUGUCGUCCCCGUCCUAGGGGACGAGCUUUGAUUGCAGUUUGUCGCUUCUAGUCCAAGUUAGUAUAUAAUAUGGUGAAUCCUGUGCGAAUGGUUGUUGUGGGGUGGGAUGUCCGGUUCUUUUCUAUAAGUUGGAUUUUUUUGGAAUUUGAGGUUGUGUUAUGGGCUUGUUAUAUAAUUGGUGUUUUACUUCAGUAAUAUAAUAAAAUUCAUAAUUC